UUCUGAUACAUUGCAAGCUGUGACCUUAUCUUAACUUGUUCUGACCUUUAUUCAGUCUUCCACUAUAUGAUUGUGUUUGCAAGUCAUUUUUCCUGAGAUGAAGGGCUCCCUGCUCCUGCAGUCUGCAAGUGAGGGAAGUAGUUAAUGCUUUGUUUAUUGUGACGUCACUGCAGACAGUAACCUAGAUUUAAACAAAAAGAUAAAGCCAGAGCUUUGGGGAGAGAGAGAGAUGUACUUUAGGGACAGAGCAGGGAAUACAGACUGGGAUGGUGGGUACAGGAGGAAAUGUGGAAAAAAUAGAGGGGCUGAGGGAGGGUGGGUUUCAAUAGAGGAGGUAAAGGGGUUGUGGGAGGAGGGUGCGGAGCAGAACAGGGAAAAGGGAGGGGGUUCAUAAUACAAAGUAAAUGAGUGCAUAAGGGAAGGAGGAGAGAAGACAGGAGAGUGAGCUUGAACUGUGGCUCUAAGUGUGAAUUCCUGACAGUCUGUCUGACAACAGCUAUAAAACCUGUUGGAGUGAGCGGAGGAGACCAGUGAAUGGGGAAGGCAGCUCCUGUGCUAGGAGAAAAGGCAGGCACUCAGGGCAGGUAGACACACUGCCAGGGACUGACAGACACAUAGAUAUAAAAAGGUACAAGGGAGCAAGUCAGGAGUGGGGCUGCCAUCUAUUUAGACUUUAACCUGUCAUUCAGCAUGCCCUGUGUGUGUGUCAGUCAGCCCUUGUCAGUCUCAGGUAACUCCAAGCUUGUAUUUAUUUGAGUGGAAGUCUGCCUUUGGCCCUACUAUUCAGACUCCUAGUGGUUCAGAGUAUGUGACAGGAGUAUUUCCCUGAAACUCGUCACUCUAUCACUAAGAUAAUUGGUAAGACUAACUGUCAGCCUUUGUGCCUCUUCUGACCGGUGACCUGCUCUGGCCUCUGAACCAUCAGAGUCACACUGGGAAUAUCAAGACCCCAUCAGGCAAAAAAAAUCAGCAGUUCCGAGAAUAUUGGGCAAGCGUUGGGUUACAUUAGACGUCUGUCUUGGCAUUCAAGCAUCAAGCACAGAAGACUCUUCCAGUCAUGAGAAUUACUAAGCGGAACUGGAAAUCACUCCUUUUUGUCAAAAAAAGCCUGGGUCCUGCAUGGAUAAUUUUUAUUUUGAUUGGAAACAUUGCUUUUACUGUAACACAGGAUAACUCUCAGACUUCCAAUAGCCUGGAAGAGGGGGCAGAUAUAACCACAUACUGGUGGGGAGAGUGGACCAAAUGGACUGCUUGUACACGGACCUGUGGCGGGGGAGUGAAAUCACAGGAAAGACACUGCCUAAGACAGAGGAGGAAAUCACUGAGUAAUCUUGCAAACAAAACCUGUACCGGAACAUCUAAAAGAUACCAACUUUGCAAAGUUCAGGAGUGCCCAACCAAUGGAAGAAGUUUCCGAGAGGAGCAAUGUACGUCGUUUAAUUCCCAUGUGUACAACGGAAAAACCUAUCAGUGGAAACCACUGUAUCCUGAUGACUAUGUGCACAUCUCAAGCAAACCUUGUGAUCUCCAGUGCACCACAACUGAUGGGCAGAGGCAACUGAUGGUUCAGGCAAGGGAUGGGACAUCUUGCAAGUACAGCGAAUACCGAGGGGUUUGUGUGUCUGGAAAAUGUGAGCCAAUUGGAUGUGAUGGAGUCCUGUUCUCCACCCACACCCUGGAUAAAUGUGGGGUUUGCCAGGGAGACGGGAGCAGCUGCACUCACGUCACUGGGAAUUAUAGAAAAGGAGCUUCCCAUCUUGGUUACUCCUUAGUAACCCACAUUCCAAUUGGUGCAAGAGAUAUUCAAAUUGUGGAGCGCAAGAAAUCUGCAGAUGUCUUGGCUGUUGCUGACGAAUCGGGAAAUUUCUUCUUCAACGGAAACUACAAAGUUGAUAGCCCAAAAAACUUCAUCAUUGCAGGCACAGUGUUCAAGUACCGGCGACCGAUGGAUGUGUAUGAGACAGGGAUUGAAUAUAUAGUUGCUCAAGGGCCAACAAACCAAGGUCUCAACAUCAUGGUGUGGAAUCAGAAUGGAAAAAGCCCAUCGAUUACUUUCCAAUAUACCCUACAGCAGAAGCCGCAUGCUAGAAUUUCUCAGCCAGUCUACUACACAUUCUCAGACUCUGUCAGUGAGGAAAGCAAAGAGUUGGAAGAUGGAGCCGCUCAGAACAGCAGUUUCUACAGCACAGGACCCAAGGGAAGAUUGAGAAGCAGCGUUCUGGGUUUUCCUAGGCAUGGAUCAACAGGGCAACAAAGUCCCAUAAAGGGGCAAGAGACCAAUGAAGUGUAUGAGGGAGGUGAAAUCAUGGACUGCAAAAAAAAGGGCAAAGGCAAAACAACAAAAGAUCCUAACACAAAUAGGACAACUCAAUUGGCAGAGUCGGGAGAUCAAGAUUCCACUUACAAUUUCAACUCCAAGGAAAUUCUGUCUGCAAAUGUCAUUAUGAACCCACUGGUUAGCAAAGCAUCAGACUCCAGAGAAAACUUUCCCAACAUGACAAGAGGCUUCCUCUUUUCGCAGGGGGACCCCCUAAACUCAGUAGAACCUAAUUUAGAAACGUUAUAUAUUGACUAUGAUGACAAUGACGACACAACCCCAUUGGAUCUUAACGUUACUUUCUUGGAGCUGAGCAUUGACAGGACAAGCAACACUUCUGUCGAGACUCCACUGAGCAACUCCAAUAUUUCAACUGGCAGCAUGUCAACAAACAAGACACAGAAAGUGAGAAAUAGAUUGAAAUUACUGCGAAAAGUGCAGGGGAUGAGUGCCGCUGAUAUGUACCGCUGGAAACUGUCCUCUCAUGAGCCAUGCAGCGCCACAUGUACCACAGGAGUCAUGUCAAGCUACGCCAUGUGUGUGCGAUACGAUGGUGUGGAAGUGGACGAUUCCCACUGUGACUCUGUGACCCGUCCUGAGCCAGUGCACGAGUUCUGUGCAGGACGGGAAUGCCAGCCAAGGUGGGAGACAAGCAGCUGGAGCGAGUGUUCAAGAACCUGCGGGGAGGGUUACCAGUUUCGCAUUGUCAGAUGCUGGAAAAUGAUCUCUCCGGGUUUCGACAGUUCCAUAUACAAUGACUUAUGUGAGGCUGCUGAUAUCACUAGGCCAGACGAGAAGAAGAUAUGCAGGAACCCCGCUUGUGGGCCCCAGUGGGAAAUGUCAGAAUGGUCUGAGUGCACAGCGAAAUGUGGGGAACGGAGCAUAGUUACAAGAGACGUUCGCUGCUCCGAAGACGAGAAGUUAUGCGACAUAAAUAACAAACUCCCAUCAGAAAAGAACUGCACCGGCCCCCCGUGUGAUCGCCAGUGGACUGUGUCUGACUGGGGACCUUGCAGCGGAAGUUGCGGACAAGGAAAGAUGAUCAGACAUGUGUAUUGCAAGACAAGCGAUGGGAGAGUUGUACCAGAAUCCCAGUGCAAUCCGGACACAAAGCCGUUAGCCAUUCACCCCUGUGGGGAUAAAAACUGCCCUUCUCAGUGGGUGAGCCAGGACUGGGAAAGGUGCAAUACAACUUGCGGUCGGGGAGCAAAACAACGUAUUGUCCUCUGCCUAGAAGUGGCUAAUGGCAAAGUGAAAACCCGCAGCCCCAGUGACUGUGAUCCUACUAAGAAACCUGCUGAAGAAAGCACCUGCUUUGAGAGGCCAUGUUUCAAGUGGUACACCACCCCUUGGUCAGAGUGUAGCAAGACUUGCGGCGUGGGGGUUAGGAUGCGAGAUGUCAAGUGCUACCAGGGGACAGACAUUGUGCGAGGCUGUGAUCCUCUUGUGAAGCCAGUGGGGAAACAAACCUGUGACUUGCAGCCGUGUCCCACAGAUCCACCAGAUGACAGCUGUCAAGACCAGGUUGGGACUAACUGCGCUCUGGCAAUCAAAGUGAAUCUGUGCAGCCACUGGUAUUACAGCAAAGCCUGCUGCCGAUCUUGCCGCUCUAGUCCUUCCUAGUGGGGUAGCACAGCCAUUUAAAAGGGGGUAACUUCUAUAUAACUAGGGCAACAAGCCCUAGGAAUGCAUCAAGCUAAAUGUGGGGAUAAAUGGAGGGGGAAAAUAGUUACCAUGAUGGCAUCAUUACUUUCGAUCAAUUUGCAAAAGAUCUGGAUAUUGCCUCCAUUUCCGCAAGUUUUUAGCGUAACGUUUGCAAAUGUACGGUCUUAGUUAAAAAGAACUCCCCCCAAUUAUAGAAACUGACCUUAAAAUAUUUAUUCUGCAUUAUAGUUAAUAUAUUCCAGAAAAUUCAGUCUUAGUAUUGUGACUGUUUAUUCAAUAUGUUAGUCUUCCCACAGAUUAGGGGCUUGUGUCUGCACCCUGACAAUACUGUUUAGAAAAUACUGUAUAUUACUGGUUUAGUUAUUGGACCCUAAAGACCCCCUAGUUUGCAUGUUUGACUUGGAUCCAUCUGCUGGAGUGAGGCUGAGCCUCAGAACUGGCCAUCAUUGGGCAGGAUUCUGGAUACCGCAUUUAACUUGAUGCUACCUCUUUAAACAUGUGCAGUUAGUCAGGACAUGCGUUAAUAUUGGGUUAGCGGGUGAUUCAAGUACCAUAAAGAUUUCAGCUCACUAUAUGCUGCAAUGUGUACUGAAGCUAGACAGCUCUCCCCAUUGGUGCUAUCUAAACAAGAGUAAGGCUAAGUUGAGUGCAGUCAUUUCAGUUUAGCGUUAUUAACAUGCUAUUAUAUCAGACACAACAUGCACAGCGAACAUGAGCAAUAUCCUUCUGAUUUUAGCCUGCUAUGCAGUGGCAUAACUAGAUGUUACUGGGCCCCAUAGCAAAUACAUUUUAGGGCCCCCAACAUAUUCAUGUAGUUACCCCUUGCUGCUACACCACCCUUCAGGCCUUAUACAACCGUCCUGGUUUGAACCAAUUUCCCUCCGACUGAAAGGAACUGGACCAGCAUGAGGCCUUACUGGUAUUAGUGUUGGCCAGUCUGUAAACAUCAGGCCUGAACCAAACCUUUAAUAAGAAGACAAUGAAAUCUGCAGAGAUCCUUUGCAGCCUUUUUUACAUUUCCUGCAAACAGUCCAUACUGUAUAUGUGGACUUCCCACCCUUGGUCUGUCUUUGUGUUGUAGAACUGCAGCUCCCAGUAGCCAACGGCAGCGUAGCUCAACAACAGAAGGCUGGUCUCCAAAUCAAGGGACUUGAACUUCAUUGGGAGAGUUUAUAUUUCCGCUUUCCGCCUUUAGAAAAUAAACAAAAUGCUGCUGCUUUUUUUGUUUUUUAAUCGUGUAUUUUUGAUAUUUAAGUUAUCCUUUGUAAUUUUAUUCUACACCCAACUCCUUCCAUCUCUGGAAAGAAGUAUAUCACAAAAACUUUGAAUUCUAAUCUCUAUGAUCAAGGUGUAUACUACUAUGAGAGAGGUAUAUCCUUUGUACAGGGUGAUGUCACUAACAGGUCAUUACUCUUUGAUAGUUAAGGAGCUUAAUGUUCCUUUCAUUAUUGCUUUUAUGGAAUAAAACUCCCAUAAUCUCUAGCUGGACAGGUUCUUGCAACCAGAGAGAUGCUGGUCAGUCUAGAGGGGCCAUGGUGAUGAAAGCCCAUUAUGCCAAGGAGGACUUGCAACUACACUUAAUCUAAGCAACGCCAAAGAAAUUUAAUAUAACAAAGCUUUUAUACAGAAAAGCUAUGAAAUAUUUUAUAGCAUUUUCAGCACAAUGUAUCUCAACGGGCACUUUUUCCUCAAAUCACUUGAACUCUUCUCUAAUAACCAGCCAUUUUCAGUUUAAUGUUUAUGACCAUUGUAAUAAAAUAUUACUAUUUAUAUAUCA